AAUAGGGAAUGAGGCAACGAUCCUGGCCCGACAGCGACCCAACAUGGAGGAGCAGGGGUAAAGAGUCAUGAAAGCGGCGUCGGGCGCCUGGCGAGCGCUGUGUGCAGCCUCGGGAGCCGGCGUUUCGGGGCAAGGUGCUUAAAAAGGGGGGGCAGCGAGAUGCCGAGGAGGAGGUCGAGCGGCGAGCUGCCCCUGCCCAACGGCUGGGAGGAAGCCCGCGAUUUCGACGGCAGGGUCUUCUACAUCGACCACAACACCCGGCAGACGAGCUGGAUCGACCCGCGGGACAGACUGACCAAGCCACUGACAUUUGCUGACUGUGUUGGUGAUGAACUGCCACUGGGCUGGGAAAUAGUUUAUGAUCCACAGGCUGGCAUCUACUACAUUGACCACAUCAACCAGGUGACGCAGAUCGAAGACCCCAGGGCGCAGUGGCGGCGAGAACAGGAGCGCAUGCUGAAGGAGUACUUGGUGGUAGCCCAGGAGGCUCUGAAUGCCAAGAAAGAGAUCUACCAGGUGAAAAAGCAGCGCCUGGAGCUUGCCCAGGAAGAGUACCAGCAACUGCAUGACCUGUGUGAGAACGACAGCAUCUCCUACGUCAGCUUGUAUUCAAGUUCAUCCUCCAACACAAAGUAUGAUCCUGACCAGAUCAAAGCAGAAAUUGCUAGUCGAAGGGAAGGGGUUUCCAGAUUGAAAAGGGAGCUGGCACAGAUGAAACAGGAGUUGCAGUGCAAGGAGAAGGGUGUGGAGACAUUACAAGAGAUUGACCGUAAAAUGUCAGAUAGUCAAACCAACUAUAAACUGGAUGAAGCCCAGGAAAUAAUGAAUGAGCUGAGAACCAUCAAGAAAUCAAUUACUUUAGGAGAAAAGGAAAGGCAGGACCUUAUUCAGAGCCUGGCCAGGCUAACAGAUGAGUUCAGGAGUAGCUGUUGCAUUGAGAACUCCCUGCAGGACCUCCAGCCGAAUGCAGGCCUCUCCUCUGACUGUUUAUCACGCCAGUUCUGCGAAGCAGGUUCACAGACUGACAUCAUCGGAGAGUUUUCAUGUGGCGGGAGAUCCAAGCUAGCUGACAAAGUUCGACUUAGCUGGCAGUAUGAAGAAGCCAAGAAGAGAGUUUCCAGUAUCCAGCUGCAGCUUGCUCAGCUGGACAACGAGACGUGGCCAGGAUGGGCCGAGGCCGAUUGGGACAGGCUCCAGCUGAUCAGAGAGAAGGAGGCCCUGCUCCAGGAGCUGCAGCUCAUCAGCCAACAGAAGCGCCUGCCUGAGGAACUAGCUCGGCUUGAGGCCGAGCGCCAGCGACUGGAGGACGACAUCCACCGUGCACAAGCCAUUCCCUGCCAGCAGUUCGCUGAAAGGAUGCUAUUGCAAGAAAAGAGAAGCUGUCUGCUGAGGCAGCUGGAGGAAGCUACACGUUUAACCACGUACUUGCACUCCCAGCUGAAGAGCUUAACUGCUAGUUCUCUCACAGUAUCAUCUGGCAGUAGCAGAGGCUCACUUGCAUCUAGCUGUGGAUCACUGGCUUCCAGCAGAGGUUCUUUAAGCUCAGUCAGCUUCACUGAUAUAUACGGGCUUCCGCAAUAUGAGACUGACACCUCACUUGAUGUGGGAUGCUAUCUGCAGUUUGAUCUACUUCCGUUCGAUACAAUAGCGAAGGAUCCUUCAUUCAUCGACCAUUUUGGACUGUCUAACUUGAGUAAACCAAGGAGAUCUCUGGAUCCCCCACAGUCCCUGGCAUCACUCUCCUCCAGGUCUUCGCUGUCUUCACUCUCCCCUCCAAGCUCCCCACUCGAUACCCCAUACCUGUCUGCUUCUCGUGAUUCUCCACUGGCCCAGAUGAAUGAGGAAUUUGAGGAGCUGGUUGGGAGAUCAGAGUCAAACAAUCUCCGAAUACAAGCCCAGGCUGUUUGCCAAGAUUUGCAGGAGGCUGCAUCUGGAAGUUCGCUGGGAGAUAUUAAGGUAUCACAAGAGCUGGGCCCCAGAAUGAGGCCACCAGUCCAGGUGGUAACUCUGCGCACCGAUAGUGCCACUAAAGCAGGCAGAAGAAUGAGAAGAGUCUCCACAGGAUUAUCUGAUGAUUCUCUUGCUACGGACAGUGGAGUCUUUGAAGCAUUAAAUAAGAGGCCUGAGGAUACAGAAGAAACCCUGUACAAUAAUAGUUCCACCACAUUCGAUUUGCCACAGAUAAAAAUGGGACUUGUGUACGAUGACCGUGAUGAAAGCUUGAUCAUUCGUGUCCUACAGAUAAGGAAUCUUGCUGCUCUACAUGUGAAAGAUGGGCACAGAGUAUACAUAAGGAUUUCGCUGCUCCCACUUGACACUGGCACAACAUUUACUUACUGCUCCAAGGCCUUGGAGUUCCAGCCACUCAUGACAUUCAAUGAAUCGUUCCAAGUAUCAAUUCCGCCCAGUAUGUUAAAGCUGAAGUCUCUGCAAUUGGAUGUAUGUGCCAUUGACCAGCAGAUACAGGAGGAGCUGUUGGGAGCCCUUCAGAUAAGUCUAGCCGACUUCGAAAGAUCGAGUGAAAUGUUGUUUCAGUGGUAUCAACUGCUCGUCUUCAGUAGUGUGGGGGCAAAACCUGAGCGGAACAGCAGCCAAUUCAGCAGCACCGGAGCUGUUGGAAAUCCAACUGACAGUCAGACUAAGGUGUCAAUGCUUUUAGCAAGAACUACAGCUCAAUUGGAGGCAGUGGAGAAGCAGUUGGCAGAGGAGAGAGUGAAGCUGGAGUGCACAGAGGAAGAAAUCCAGGAGCAAAUGAAGGAAGAGAAACUCGAAGCAGUGUCGGAAAGGAGCUGGCAGGCAGAGUCAGUUGACAGUGGGUGCAGCAAUAGUGCCCAGCUUAGCCCACAGUAUCCUCUGGUGGAACAAUUAAGCUGUGUGGAUGGAAAUGUGGGCCACUUGCAUGAGCUGGCAGAUAAAGUGAGCCAGUUUGCUUCUAUCAAAAUGAGAGUUCCACGAAUGAAGGUUGAUAAAGAGACCAACACUGAAGAACCCUUUCCUGAAGAGGUUAUGAUUCGAUCAAAAGAAAGAAGCAGUCGUCGAUCACGUGGAUCUCCUUUUGUUCGUAGUAGUACCAUUGUCCGCUCACAGACCUUCUCACCAGGAGCACGAAGUCAGUACGUCUGUAGGCUGUACCGAAGUGACAGUGACAGUUCAACACUUCCAAAAAGAUCACCGUUUAUCCGAAAUGCAUUAGAGCGAUGCACUCUGCGUUAUAAGCAGCCAUCCUUCAAAACUCCACUAGUUGAACACCCUACACGGACAUCCCUGGACUUGGAGCUGGAUCUCCAGGCAUCCAGGACAAGGCAGCAGCGACUGGACGAGGAGCUGAGUGCACUACGGGAGCUGAAACAGCGGCUGGAGGAGAGCAGGAGUCGGGGGCAGGUCGACUUGCCUCAGUGGAUCCUAAGAGACGAGCGAUUCCGCAACCUGUUGAAGGAAGCAGAGAGGCAGGCAAAGCAAACAAAGUCGGAACAGCGCCAAGAGCAAGCAGCUGAGAAAAUGUUGAAAAAAGCAGCAAAGGAAGUGUAUCAGCUGCGAGGACAAAGCCAAAAGGAACCCUUGCAGGUUCAGUCUUUCAGAGAGAAGAUGGCAUUUUUCACCCGAGCACGAAUCAACAUACCUCCUCUGCCAGCGGAUGAUGUAUGACACUUUACUCUAUUUUAACUAUGAAGUAUUUAUCAGUCUCAAUUUUACUUAUGUGAAGUUACUAGAAAAAAAACAGUUAAGUGAUUUUUAUUAAACACUUGUUGCAAGGGUUAUUCCUAUACACAUUUUGUAAAAAGAAAAAAGGAAAAAAAAUGCUAUAUACUUAUAUUAUAAAUAUAUAUAUAUAUAUCUUUAUAUAUAUAUUUUAUAAUUCUAGAAUUGCAGCGAGGCACUGUGUAUCCUUGUUGUGAAAUUAACAUCUCUGAAGGAAUGGUAUUAUGUAAAAGAUCAAACUAAGCUGUUGUAUAUCUUUUUUCAGUUUCUGUGCACUCUGAUGUAUGUGAGCUUAAAAGGCUGGAAGAUGGAAACAAGGCCAGCUUAAUCAUGUCCAUUGUAAUAUAGGUUUCUUAUUUAAAAAAAAUAUUUUCCUUGAAGGAAAAGUCUCAGUUUUAGGUGUAUUUUAAGACUAUAAAGUUCUGCAGUAUUUUUGGGUGCACUGGAAUGAAAUCUUAAGCUGGCUUUGUUUCUGUUACCUGAUGUGAAAAUACUAUGCGCUAAUUAUUAAUGUUACUUUAAUAUGUUUCAAGCCGCACGUAAUCUUUAGCGUUUUAUGUUACUCUGUGCCUUUACACUAUGUUGUAAUAUUGUAAUCUUUACCACAACUGUUUAUUGUACAAAAAAAUUUCAGUAGUAACAUCUUUCAAUAUUUUUACUAUUAAAAUAAA